AGCUGAUGCCGCUGCCCCGCGCGGGGCCGGAGCGCCGCUAGCAGCAUGUCUCGGCGCAAACAGGCCAAGCCUCAGCACCUCAAGUCGGACGAGGAGCUGCCGCCGCCGGACGGGGCUCCCGAGCACGGCGUCCCUGGGGAAGGCGCAGAGGACGUGGACAGCGGGAACGAGAGCCGUAGUGGCGGUGAGGAGACCAGCGUGUGUGAGAAAUGCUGCGCCGAGUUCUUCAAGUGGGCCGAUUUCCUGCAGCACAAGGAGAGCUGCACCAAGAACCCGCUGGUGCUCAUCGUGGGCGAGGAUGAGCCUGAGCCGCCCGGUGAGGAGUUCCCGGAAGCUUCCCCCGCCAGCUCACCCAGCGAGCGUGCUGAGGCUGAGAGCGAGCCCGCGGAGGAGGCCACCCCGGCGGAGGGUGAGGCGGGCGAGGCCCAGGCGCCAGCGCGCGAGCUCGAGCCCAUGGACGUGGAGGGGCCCGGGGACAAGGGCGGCACAGGCCAGGGUGCUCCUGCCCCGCCAGCCCCACCCCUGGCCCCAGGCCCUGAGCCAGCCGCAGCCACCUUCGGGAUGCCCAGCACCAAUGUGACCCUUGAGACGCUGCUCAGCACCAAGGUGGCCGUGGCGCAGUUCUCCCAGAGCACACGCGCGGCAGGUGGCACAGCAGGCACGGGCGUUGGCGCUGUGGCCAUCCCCAUGAUCCUGGAGCAGCUGGUGGCCCUGCAGCAGCAGCAGAUUCACCAGCUGCAGCUCAUCGAGCAGAUACGCAGCCAGGUAGCCCUCAUGAGCCGCCAGCCUGCGCGGCCACCCCUGAACCCCUCAGCAGCGGCGCCUGGUGCAGCUGGCCCAACUUCCCUGGCUGCACACCCUGCCCUGCAGCUCUCUGCUGCCCCAGUCCCUGGCCCUGCGGGCCCAGCCGCCCCACUGGCCACUUUCGAGGGCCCCCAACCCCUGACGCAGUCCACCUCCAGAGCAAGCCCCCCAGGUGGCCCCAGCCCUGCGGAAUGCACAGCACCCCCAGCCUCCAGCGCAGGGCCUACCGCACCUGGCAGCACCCCGCAGCCGCAGAACGCGCCCACACCCCCUGCCCUGGGCCCCGGGCCCCUGCUCAGCUCCGCCCCCAGCCUGCCAAGCCCUCUGCUACCUCAAACCUCCUCCAGCAGCGUCAUCUUCCCCAACCCCUUGGUCAGCAUUGCUGCCACGGCCAACGCACUGGACCCACUGUCGGCCCUCAUGAAACACCGCAAGGGCAAGCCACCCAACGUGUCAGUGUUCGAGCCCAAGGCCAGUGCUGAGGACCCCUUCUUCAAGCACAAGUGCAGGUUCUGUGCCAAGGUCUUCGGCAGCGACAGUGCACUGCAGAUCCACUUGCGCUCACACACUGGUGAGCGGCCCUUCAAGUGCAACAUCUGUGGGAACCGCUUCUCCACCAAAGGCAACCUGAAGGUGCACUUCCAGAGGCACAAGGAGAAGUACCCCCACAUCCAGAUGAACCCCUACCCCGUCCCGGAGUACCUCGACAAUGUGCCCACCUGCUCUGGGAUUCCCUAUGGCAUGUCACUGCCCCCAGAGAAGCCAGUGACCACCUGGCUGGACAGCAAACCAGUGCUGCCAACAGUGCCCACAUCUGUGGGACUGCAGCUGCCCCCCACGGUCCCCAGCACUCACAGCUACAACGACUCCCCUAGUGUCACCCCCAUCAGUCGCUCCCCACAGAGACCCUCUCCUGCAUCCAGUGAAUGCACCUCCUUGUCCCCAGGCCUCAACCAUGCUGACACCAGCAUCCCAGUGUCAGCUGAGUCCCCACAGCCGCUCCUCAGUGGGUCUUCUCUGACUAAAACUGAGCCUGGCAGCCUGCCUUGUACAAACGCAAGGACAGUGGACAUUCCUGUUGGGCAGAUCAGUGCUGUGCCCACGUCUGCAGUCACUGCUGUCACAGACAGCACUUCCACGAGCCUUGGCAGCCCCAGUCUUCCAGCAGCCUCUGACCAGUUCAAGGCCCAGUUCCCCUUUGGUGGCCUGCUCGACUCUAUGCAAACGUCAGAAACCUCGAAACUGCAGCAGUUGGUAGAGAACAUCGAUAAGAAGAUGACGGAUCCAAAUCAGUGUGUCAUCUGCCACAGGGUGCUGAGCUGUCAAAGCGCCCUAAAGAUGCACUACCGGACGCACACAGGGGAAAGGCCCUUUAAAUGCAAGAUCUGUGGCCGAGCAUUUACCACCAAAGGCAACCUGAAGACACACUUUGGGGUCCACCGCGCCAAACCACCCCUUCGAGUUCAGCACUCCUGCCCCAUCUGUCAGAAGAAGUUCACAAAUGCCGUGGUGCUGCAGCAGCACAUCCGCAUGCACAUGGGAGGGCAGAUCCCCAAUACACCUCUGCCAGAGGGCUUCCAGGAUGCCAUGGAUGCAGAGCUGCCCUUUGAUGAGAAGAAUGUGGAAACCCUGAGCAGCUAUGAUGAUGACAUCGAUGAAAACUCAAUGGAGGAGGACGCAGAACUGAAGGACGCAGCCAGCGAUUCGUCCAAACCACUCCUUCCCUACUCAGGAUCCUGCCCCCCAUCACCUCCCUCAGUCAUCUCCAGCAUUGCUGCCCUGGAGAAUCAGAUGAAAAUGAUUGAUUCAGUCAUGAACUGUCAGCAGCUGACCAGCCUGAAAUCCGUGGAAAAUGGAUCUGGGGAAAGUGAUCACCUGAGUAACGAUUCCUCAUCUGCGGUGGGUGACCUGGAGAGCCGCAGUGCAGGCAGCCCUGCCCUGUCGGAAUCCUCAUCCUCCCAGGCACUGUCACCCACCAACAGCAAUGGUGAGAGCUUCCGCUGUAAGUCCCCAGGCUUUGGCAAUCAGGAGGAUCCACAGGAGAUCCCGCUAAAGACAGAAAGGCCAGACAGUCCACCCCCAGGCCCAGGAAAUGGAGGUGCCCUGGACCUGACAGCCAGCCACCCCACCCGGCCCAUCAUCAAGGAGGAGGCCCCCUUCAGCCUGCUGUUCCUGAACAGAGAGCGGGGUAAGUGUACGAGCACUGUGUGUGGUGUCUGUGGCAAGCCCUUUGCUUGCAAGAGUGCGUUGGAAAUCCACCACCGCAGCCAUACCAAGGAACGGCCAUUUGUCUGCUCAGUCUGCAGGCGGGGGUGUUCCACUAUGGGUAAUUUAAAACAGCACUUACUGACACACAGAUUGAAAGAGCUGCCUUCUCAGGUAUUUGACCCCAACUUUACUCUAGGUCCCAGCCACAGCACUCCUAGCCUGGUCUCCAGCCCUGCACCCACCAUGAUCAAAAUGGAAGUGAACGGUCACAGCAAGGCCAUCGCACUGGGCGAGGGCCCACCACUGCCGGCUGGAGUCCAGGUCCCCACAGGGCCCCAGACAGUGAUGACCCCAGGCCUGGCACCCAUGCUGGCACCUCCACCACGCCGGACUCCGAAGCAGCACAACUGCCAGUCCUGUGGGAAGACCUUCUCCUCGGCCAGUGCCCUGCAGAUCCACGAGCGCACUCAUACUGGGGAGAAGCCCUUCGGCUGCACCAUCUGUGGGAGGGCCUUCACCACCAAGGGCAACCUCAAGGUACACAUGGGAACUCACAUGUGGAAUAAUGCCCCUGCAAGGCGUGGUCGCCGUUUGUCUGUGGAAAACCCCAUGGCCCUGCUAGGUGGUGAUGCCCUGAAGUUCUCUGAAAUGUUUCAGAAGGACCUGGCAGCUCGAGCCAUGAAUGUUGACCCUAGCUUUUGGAACCAGUAUGCAGCAGCCAUCACUAAUGGGCUCGCCAUGAAGAACAACGAGAUCUCUGUCAUUCAGAAUGGAGGUAUCCCCCAGCUCCCAGUAAGUCUAGGCGGAAGUGCCAUUCCCCCUCUGGGUACCAUGACUGGUGGGAUGGACAAAGCACGCACCAGCAGCAGCCCACCCAUUGUCAGUUUGGACAAAGUGAGCUCAGAGACGGGAGCCAGCCGUCCAUUCACGAGAUUUGUUGAGGAUAACAAAGAGAUCGGUAUAAACUAGCUGGACUCAUUGGGACUCAAUUCAUCUGUUCUGUCCACAUUCACAUUUUGCAGUUUGAGCGUCAGCUUUGGACCCUCAUGCCUAGGUUCUCAUUAAAAUUUUACUUAUGGCAGAAAAUACUUUCACCAUGUGGCUGCCAAAAGGUCGUCUGUGAGCGCUGCAUGGUACUCUGCUCAACAGUGGGUUUGACUGUUCUUAAGAACUCUGCAACUUUUUAAAUAAAUUCCAGUUAAAAAGAAAAAAAAGAAGUGCUUGGAAAACCGCCUUAGAACAGAAAGAGCUCAGUUCAUAUCCACUGCCUUUAUCCUAAAACCUAAUAACCCUUUCAGGGGUAUUCCAGUGAACCCCUCUCGAUGGUUUUGUUCGAAUUAGUUAGAAACUUGAACUAUGUUUUAGGAACUCUUCAUCUUAAAGAAGUGGUUCAGUACUCCCAAUGCUGUGUAUUACGACAGUAUCUUCGUCCGUAGUAUUUAUAAUGUUAAGAUUAUGCGGGUAACAGACAAUAAAAUAGCCCCAACCUUAAAUGAAGCUUUUGUACUGCAGAAUACAUCUGGCUAUGUGAUUUUUUUUAAAAAAAAAACAAAGUUUGUUUUACUAUAAAUAAGUGGAUUAUUUCAACGCAGGCAAAAUUGUGACGUUCUGUUGGGAAAGAUAGCAUGCUUUUUGUGUGCAAGUACCUGUCAGUAACAAGCCUUUUAUUAUUUUUUUUAACUUAAAUGUUUGUAGCUGCUAUGUGGACAGUUGUUCUCUAGUGUGGUCUGUAGCCCAGUGAUUGAUUGGGGAACAAGUUACAGACAUACAUCACCGUAAAUUAUUCACAACAUUAUAAACAGUUGUGAGUAAACAUCAAAGCUGUACAAUAAAAAGGUAAUGUUUGUAUAAUGUGGUUGCAAACUCUUAAUUUAUACGAUUGCACUUUUAGUAUUUUGUAUUAGGGAGGUUUGUCUAUAAUUUGAAAAUUUUAAAAGAUGUAAAGUAUUUUAUAAAUAGUACUUUGAUUUAGGAAAAUGGGGGGAAAAAACCCUGUUAUGGUUUCUUGUUUUGUCUUAAAGUCAAACAAUACAAGAAAUCUAUCCUACUUAAGCAGAAAAGCCACCAACACUUGUCAGCGCCUCGAUAAAAUAAGGCCUGCCAUUUCUUAAGUUAACAUGAUUUAUUUAACUUUUCUACAAAGCCCAUUGAAAAACUGUGACCACCCUAAUGAAACUUUGACAAAUUAAUCUUAGAACUGUGACAUCAGUACAAGUCCAAAAAUAACUGAGAGACAUUGUGUAGGUGUGAUUUUUACUGUAAGCUCUCCUGUCUCUUUCUCACACACACACACACACACACACACACAGGAUGGUGACUGCCUAAUAGUGCUGGUAACCGCAUUCAAUAAACAAGAGAAAUAGUGUCCAGCAGUAUAAUCAGUCAUAACUUUGAAAUUUCCUGAGUUCCUGAUUUAUUUAUUAUCUUCUCAAAUGAAAACAAAGCACAAUGUCCUCUGAUUAUUGCAAAUAUGGUCUUACGCUGAUGACUUUAUCUCAGUUGCAUCAAGUGAGCAAAGGCUGGGAGGUGGGGCUAAAUCAAAACUUGAACGUCAGUGUUGUGUGUACUACCUCAUUUUUAUGCGUUGCAAGUAUGCUGGGAUCUGACACAAUGAACUUCCAACAACAGAAUUGUUCAAGAGAUAUUGUGAGUAGCUGGGUAACAGUUCAAGGAGCUGUCAGCCCCUGAAGAAUGAAUCAGACAGUGAAUCUUCUCAGUUGAAACAGAAAAAUAGAACCAUCUUUCUCACACAAGUCCAGCAACAGCAAAAGGUGUUGGAGGAGGACGGGCUCCUCUGCCAGCGUGUUGUUGAACAAAGAGUUUCAAAGGCUCAUUAGCUGUUUGUUUCUGUUGGAAAUGAACGUUGAACUCUGCAACUCUGUUUUCCAUGUGGUGACAUGUGGCACCUCCGUGUCAUGCCAUCUCUCCUGGGGGAUGAGUGACAGGGGUGUGUCGGCAUUGGGAAGAGGGAACCAAGGUGGCUUAACGUUGCUGUGUUUCAGCAGUCGAAUGUUUUGUUAUUUAUCUGUGUCCUUUCGGUGUGUUUCGUUUUGUUUUGGUUAGUAUUUGGUACUAUGUUAGUGUCCUCUCUUCUCCCAGAAGGAUGUGUAUAUAACUUAAGAAAAGAGAAAUGUAAAGUGUUAUAAAUAAGGUGGCUCGUGAAGGGACAGUGAGACCGGCCCAGUCUGUAUUCAGGGCUGGCUCAUCCCUGCAUGGUGAAGAGAGACACUAUUUUUUUAUUGCAAUACCAUGCAGGGUGAGGACUUCCCUGAGCCAGCUGGGAAUUGUUACCUAGAUCCAAUAUUUUUUAUGAUUAAAUCUUGUGGCUUGACACAUCUACUGAUUGAAAUGGAUGUCUUAGUCUAGGUUACUAUUUUUGUCAUAUGGAACUGAAUAAAAUGCAGGAUGUGAUAUUAUUUCUGAAUUGCGUUCCUUGAUUCUUCUAAUGGAAAAGUGAAAUUUGAGGUGGUCAUUUAUGGUGUGUGUAUGUCUAUGGUAUUGCUACAAGGAAAGUCAAUGAGGGUUGACAGCUUAGAUUUAAGCAAUAUCUAAGAGUAUUUCGAUUGGUCUUGAAUUUGGGGUUUUUGUUUCCAAAAUAAAAAUUCAUUCUUCUAAUUUUGGAUUUUUUUAUAUCUCUCAUGCAAGAAGGUGUCAUAGAAAAUUCCUACCUGUUAAAAGACUCAGCAGUGGGCCAGGGACUUAGCUCAGUGGUUCCUCCGCUGGCCUCGCAAGCUCAAGGACCUGAGUUCAAUCCCCGGUACCAAAAAAAAAAAAGACUCAGCAGUGCGCAAAGAUGACUGGACUCAGUUGCCUUCCCAUCGCCAGCAUUAAGUGAAAAGAAUGGUUUUUCAAGUCACUUGAAUAAAAGAUGUGCAUCAAGUCGCGUUACAGGAAAGGACAUGAGCAGAAAUGUGCUCACAAUGCCACCAACACUGCAGACCGCGGCAUGAGUCCACUGAUGUCGGCCCUGUGUCUGUUCUCCAGAUGGAGGACGGCCUUUAUAUUAAAAUCAGCUUUAUCUCAUGGAUAAUAGUUGAUAAGACUCACAACUUUAAAUAACUUAAUAGCUCCUGGAUUUUAGGAUAUAUAAUCCAUUUCUUGUUCUAAAAAAUUUUUAUUUUAAAUAACUACUGAUACAUAGAAGCCACAGUAAUCUUUAUCUGGGAAGAACUGGUCAAUUAUUUUAGGAAUGAUAAAGGCACUAACCACUAAGGUAGCUAGCUAGCCCAGACCAACCUUCAGCAGAUUUCAGAAGGCUUAGAAAUUUAAUCAUUUGAUUUCAGUCCUAGAGUAGAAAUUAUCAGAUAUAACCAGACUAAAGCAGAUGGUAAAUUCAAUUUUUAAAAAGGAAAUAGUAAAGAUCCUAUAGCCAAUUAGAAUAAUUAAUAUAAAUUAAAAUGCAGGGGAAAAGGGAUUUAUUUCUUGAAUUUCAAAAAUAUUUUCACAUAUAAAAUCGGAGGUUUUGGGGCUUAGCAAGCCUGAGUAUCUCUUUUUUAUGCCAACUCAUUAUUUAAACUUGUAUCAAAGAGUCAUAAAUGGCAACAAUCUCUAAAAAUUAUCCAAAUACAUUUCUAUUCUGAGUUCAUUACAGGGAUGGCUAACAUUUAAAACUAAUUAAAAAGCAGUGCUAAAGGGCUCAGCAGCAAUUGUUUUCAAACUCCACUGUUUAAUCUUAUCUCCGCAGAAGCUUGAAGGCUGUGUGGGCUCCCCACCUGCCUUUUCUUCGGUUUGGCAAACAUUGCCUAGUUCCCACUUUGUAUUUUACAAAGCCACAGAAAACAUCAGGAGCAUUUCUUUAUUACCAGGCUGCGUGUGUGCGUGUGUUUCCAGCCCAGCCCACUCCAGAUCACCACAUGUACCUUGGCUGUUUGUCUGAUGCUGUCCGAGCCCAAAGCCCUCAGUUCUUUCUGGGCGCACACUGGAGCCAGAGCGAUGAUGUUAUACAUGUGAUUCUUUGUCCAGCCUGUCCUACUGCAUGCCCCUGACCUGCAGCCUGUGUUUUAGACCUUUGUGUGACACCUGUGCUCAUUUACUAAUUACUGGUGCUUGAACUAGGGAGCGAGCACUUGUUUAUUCCUUUGCGAAGUUUCUUAUAACUCAGUGCUUCAUGGAAGAAGAGAGCGUAUGAAACAUUUAUGUUCAUGGGUCUGUUUACUGAAUUUUGACAGUGUUAGAAUUUAAACUACAACGUGUUCUGUGUAGUGCUAGGAGAAAUUCUCCUUUUCACUUAAAAAAGGAAACAUUAAGUAUUAAUUCUCAGCAUUUUUUACAAAUGGGAAACUUUAAAGUGAAAUCACAAUGGGCCUUUCCCAGCAUUUGGUACCGAGUUAGCGGUCUUGAGUGUGAGCUCAUCUCCUGCGUCACUCGCACUGGGACCCUCUGCCUGCAGUGGGGUUCAGGCAGGACAGGAGAGAACAGCAUGUUCUGGAUCAAGGCUGUGACCCUGCCCUUCUUCAAUCUGGUUCUUUAUCUCUUAAGAAGCGGGCAGAACUUGAUGUUACUUGAAUCCUUUCCCCUACAAAAACUCCAUUUUUUUUUAAGAACUACACUAAUAUACAUUUUUCUUUUUUCUCCCCAAAUUCUCUAGACAUAUUCCUUGAUAGUAUUUAAAUAGAAAAUAUGAAUGAUUACUUCAAGGGUAUUAUUCCGUAAUAUGAAAAUCUAUCACAAAAAAAAUCUUGGCUAAAGCAACUAUAUGAAACCAUGUCAGACCAUGAAAAAUGUGUUGGCGUUUUUCAUUCUUAAACACACUGAUUGUUUUAAAUGCGUCUCCAUUUAGGGUUAAAUAAAAUCAAGCUCUGUAAACAUGCUUAGUGCAGUUUCUAUUAGAAAAGACUUUGACAAACAGUUUGAUUUUUAUUUUUUCUGUGUGUAUUACACAUACUAGGCCUUUGCAUAUAUGCAAACAGUAUGCCACUGAAAGCUAUGGUCGUAUUUCUUUUUGGUUUUUAGUACAGUAUUAGAGAACUUAAACUAUUAUCAUUGCUGUUACUGUAGUGACUUAUAACUCUUAUCUGCCUUCUUCAGUCUAAUUUCUUUGACCGUAUCACAGCUUGCAAUUUAGAUAGGCCACUGCAAGCAUAGCCUCUGUGACUGGCUUAGAAAUCACUCAGCACCGGGAUAACCCUUUGGAAAAAACCGGGACAACCCUUUGGAAAAAAACGGGACGUUGGUGAAAAGGGAAGAAGAGAUGUAACUGGUGUCAGUGCACUUGGUUCUGUUGUAUCAGCAACAAUGAAAAAUAAAUGAUUAACAGGUCAUGCCCAUGGAAUGAGAGAUACAAGAAAGAACCUGUUCGUAUUGGUGUGAAU